AUGGCGGCUAAGUGCGUUCACAAAGGAUGCGGAAAGGUCUUUACCGACCCUGCAGAAGACUGUGUCUACCACCCUGGCCCACCGAUCUUCCAUGAGGGCCAGAAGGGUUGGAAAUGCUGCAAACCCCGCGUUCUCACCUUCGACGAAUUCCUUACUAUCCCACCAUGCACCACUGGCAAACACUCCACAGUCGACGACACGCCGAAGGAAGAGCCUAAGAAGGCUGAUGUCUCCAAGAUAGCUACUCUUGCGGAGAAACUAGAUGAGAAGGCACUGCCGACAACGACACCUAUUAAUCCUGCUGCUGCCAUUCCACCGCCAUCUGCCCCCGCACCUCCUCCAGAGCCCGACUCUGACGACCCCUCGCUCGCGAUUCCAGCAAACGCAACAUGUCGGCGUAAGGGAUGCAAUGCGAAUUUCAACCCGAAUAUUUCUCGCGACAACGAAAUAUGUUUACACCACCCUGGCCAUCCUAUUUUUCAUGAAGGUAGCAAAGGUUGGUCGUGCUGUAAGAGGAGGGUACUAGAAUUCGACGAGUUUAUGAAGAUUGCUGGGUGCACGGAGAAAAAGAGACAUCUGUUUGUGGGUAAAGGCAAGGCUGCCGGCGAGGAAAAGGUCAAUGACGUUCGGAAUGAUUUCUACCAGACCGCGACGACUGUCAAUGUAUCAUUAUACCUCAAGAAGAUCGAUAAGGAAAAAGCCAAGGUUACUUUCGACACCAACUCGAUUGACUUUGACCUGCUUACCACUGACAACAAACGAUUUACCAAAACAUACAAUCUUUUUGCGCCGAUUGACCCGAACGCUUCGCAAUAUACUGUUUUUGGGACUAAGUUGGAGUUGAAGUUGGUCAAAGGUGAUGGACAGAGCUGGCCAGUCUUGCGCAGUGAUGAUCAAUGGACUGGCGAGCGCAUCCAGAUUGGCCAGGCUGGUCGUUUUGCGUAGAGCUGUUUGGGGCAGGACUAUAGUGAUAUAAUGCGAUCUGAUGACGGGGCAUUCACGGAGUUUUUUUGUUGAUUUCUAUAAAAUAGUAUUCAUGGACUAGGUGCCAUGUUGAGCUUCGGUGGAUGGAAUAAUUAGGAGAGAACAGCUUU